UCUUCUUGUGCGCGACCACCGAGACCUCCUGCCCGCCGAUGUACCGAUGCCUGGUGAAACCGAAUCAGGAGUACGGACUCUGCUGUCCGUUGACUCUAAACUUGGAGCGACCUGGAAAAUGCCCGCCAGAAGAGCCAGCUGUCUGUGGCCCGACGUGUCAGCAUGACAUGGACUACUCCGGACCGCAAAAGUGCUGUGAGAGUGACUCUUGCGGCGGAGGUGUUUGUUUGCUUCCUGUCAGGCUGAGCGCCUACCGCAAAAACCGGAUGCUCGCCGAGAUGCUCAGCGUUUCCGAGAAGCAAGGCCGCGGGUACAUUCCUCAGUGCAACGUGGCCGGUAGAUACGAGCCAAAAUAGUGCUCCAGAAACGGGUUGGUAUGCUGGUGCGUCCGCGUCGACGGUAAAAAAAUUUCCGGCACCAUGGGACCUGCUGCCGCUGUUAAUUGUAAUCAAGUUACUGAUAAAUCUAAAGGACGUGCUCUGCCCACCUCAUGCUCACUCUAUCACUACGCUCAAGUGUGUCAGUACGGAUUUAAAGUCGAUGAAGCUGGGUGCUCUACUUGCAAGUGUAAUAAUCCUUGUGAAGGGUUGUUUGAAAAUCUGAGGAUGCUACCGCAUGCACCGGAGGUUCAAGUUCAGGCGAUUCCGGAGAAUGGCGCUAAUAUUAACGACUCGGAGGUUGAGGAGAAGGUUAAUCUGGAUGAAAGACUGCCUCAGAGGGAUAUUGACAAGAGGAUCCAACACGAAAAUGAGUACAGUGACCGCGAGGAUGAAGGCGAAGGCGGCAGCAGGGACAAUAGGUCUUUUAAGGGGUCAAGGAAGAGACCUAGGUUGGAGAAAGAACAGGAACCUAUGGAAACUGACAUUGAGAAAGCGGAUGACAUCAAAAAUGGAGCUAAUGGU